AUGCACAUCAUGUCAUGCAAGUCGGGCCAGGAUUGUAGUUCGAGCUCGUUUCCUAUUUCAUCGGUCCCUAUGGUAUGCCACACGAUGUACCAAGCGAGCUACUCCAGUGCGUUACCGUGCUCUCGGACGCCUGUGUCGACCGACCACCGCCCGCUCAAGACUUGUACAUUUAGCACAGUUGUCGACAUCUAG